CCCGUGAGGAGAGAGCGAAACACGACACCCGAGAGAGGAACCGGGGGAGGAGAAAGAGUAGCCACAGAGUGCAGAAUGUUAGUGAGUGGAGGAAGAAAGAAAGUCUAAAGAGAGGACGACUGCUAUUCUACAGAACGGUUAUUUUAGCGAAUAUGUCAAACAACGGGGAAGAUGCGAUUGAGAUGGAGUAAACAACUCGACAGUUCGUGAAAGUAUAUGCAAACAAGGAAAGAAGGGUUUUCGGUUUGUGUGCUUGUCGGGACGGUUGACCGUGUUCCGCUGCACCUCGAACAGGACAAGGCGAAGUUGCCGUGGGACAAACAGCAGUGAGCUACAUCAACUGACUGCGAUUCGGGGAAAGUAACGUUACCCGAUCAGUUGAGGAAGGGGUUAUUGGGAAAGAAAGUGGAAGCAAAGGGGCCCGUGAGUGGAGCAACGGUGGAAAGUUCCAAACCAAAGGAAGGGCUCAGAGGGAGACGACUUUUCCUUCCACAAACGCUACUGACUUGAGAUCCACCAAGCUCGCUAGCUAACGUAAACUAUCCUGCAACACUCAAAAUGAAAACCCCCGGAGAUUCGGGGUUUGCCUUUCCAGACUGGGCCUACAAACCUGAGUCGAGCCCCGGCUCGCGGCAGAUCCAGCUGUGGCACUUCAUCCUGGAGCUGCUGAGGAAGGAGGAGUACCAUGAUGUCAUCGCCUGGCAAGGGGACUAUGGAGAGUUUGUCAUCAAGGACCCUGACGAGGUGGCCCGGUUAUGGGGGGCCCGCAAGUGCAAACCCCAGAUGAACUACGACAAGCUGAGCAGGGCACUCCGGUAUUACUACAACAAGAGAAUCCUCCACAAGACCAAAGGGAAGAGGUUCACCUACAAGUUCAACUUCAACAAACUGGUCCUGGUCAACUACCCAUUCAUAGACAUGGGCUCCACAGGUAGUGGUGUUCCUCAGAGUGCUCCACCAUUGCCUUCCGCAGCCGGAACUCAUUUCCGCUUCCCACCGUCCACGCCAUCCGACAUGCUUUCACCCAAUGAGGACCUGCGUAGCCCCGGGGGCGUGUUCAGCGCCGUGGCUCGGCGAAUGGCUCGCGGCUCGGUCAGCGACUGCAGCGAUGGGACCUCUGUCAACUCUGAGAUCGAGGACGGCAGCGGGGGAGGAGGGGAGGACAGGGGGGGAGAGAGAGGGCUGAGUGGGGGAGGAGGAGGAGGGCCAGGGGGAGGAGGGGGAGGGUACAGGAGUAUGAUCCACCCCCGUUUGUCACAUGAGUCUCUGUUUAGGAUGUAUGGUGGAGCUGGGAACCCCAACGCCCACCCAGGCUCCCGCGGCCCCCUGGGACACAGGGUCCACCCCGACAACUUGUCCCCCUUCCCCGUGUCCCCCCUGCCUGGCCCUGGGGCUGCAGGGCUCAUAGCCCCACCUCUGUCCCCAGCCCUGUCCUUGACCCCCUCUUCCCACCUGCCCUACACCCCAUCCCCCUCCCUCUCCCCCAUGUUGGGCUCCCACUUCUCCUUCAACCCUGAGGAAAUGAAGCGCUACCUGCAGGCCCACCACCAGAGUGUUUACAACUACCACCUUAGCCCCAGAGCCUUCCUCCACUACCCCAACGUCAUCAUUCCCCAGCCACACCGCCUCGCCCAAGACAAGAGAGAACUGGGCGAGAGGGGAGGAGCAGAGAGAGGAGGAGAACGCUCAGGUCUGAAUAGUCAUCGACACCCAUCACCCCUGUCCCAAUCCCACUCUCCUCACCCUCACUCAGCCCACCCUCACCCGCACUCAGCCCACCCUCACUCGGCCCAUUCCCACCCCCACCCCAUCCACCACCCACUGCACCUGGGUGAGGAGCCGCCUCACCUCUCGCCCUUCAAGUUCAAGCUGCAGCCUCCUCCAUUGGGCCGGAAGCAGAGGGACGGUAGCCAGAACCACCACCCCAGGCAGAGCUCACUGUCCUCGGGCUCAGGGUCCCUGUCGUCCUCCGGUCUGGGGUCCUCCCUGUCCUUCGGCAGUGACCUGAGCUCAGCCGGCGGGUCAGGACUCAUCUCCAACUCCUCCUCCACCGGCUCCCUCAACAGCACCGGGCUGCCCAAGAUCAAGGUGGAGCCCAUCUCAGAUAUUGAGUCAGAAGAAGAGGUGGAGGUGACUGACAUCAGCGACGAAGACCCCGACGACCGGGGCUACGAGUAUGACCUCUUCUCCCCCCGACACCCCCGGCCUCACCUCCACCACCCCAACGGGACCUCCUCCCACCCACACCCCCACGACGAGGACCUGGAUGAGGAUGUCUUCAAGGCCCCCGCACCCCCUCCUCCAGGCCUGCUGCCCUUCUUCACCUCCCACCCCCACCGCGGACCACCCACCCUGAAGAGUGAGCCGGCCGAGCCAGGCGACACCCCCCCUCCCCAGUCCCCCGCCCAGGGGCAGACCAAGUGCAUUCCACUCAAGCUGCGCUUCAAACGGCGCUGGAGUGAAGACCAACGAAUGGAGGCCAUGGAAGAGCAGGACGACAAGAAAGUACGAGGGGAGAAGGAGAGGGAAAGAGAGACGGAGAAGAAUGGAGGGAUGCAGGAGAACGGGGCUGGCAGCGCCCCCAGUCCCCCAGCCCUGGGGGGGUAUGAGUGUUCCCUCCCGUUGGCUCAGAGGGGGGUGAACCAGGACCUGCACCAGGCCACCGCCCAACUGUCACUGGAGAACAAGGACUGCUGAUGCUGAUCCACACACAUAGAGAUACAUAGAAACACUAAUGCUAGCAGACAGUGGUGGUUUAGGAUAGUGUAAAUGACUCCUGUAGUCCUCCUGCCACUCUGACAGACAGACAGUUCUCUCCUAACUCAAACUAAACCUGGGCCUAAUCAAACUCCAAACCCUGAUGCAGUCCACACCCUCCUCCCAAAGCCACCUUCUACUGUAACGAGACCCCUCCCUCAGAGACUUGUAGAAAAGAGGAGAGAGGGGACUUUUGGUCCAAGCAAGCCCAGACUCAGUGACUUAAACCAGGGGCAGAACCAGAGGGGACGCUACUCUCUGCUUGUGUCUGGAUGGAACCCCCAAGCCAGCUUCCAGUCCAGCCCACCGUCAGCCUCGUGUCCAGCCUCCAGCCCAGCACUGCCCCACAUCUCUUGCCCCACAUCUCUUGCCCCACAUCUCUUGCCCCACAUCUCUUGCCCCACAUCUCUUGCCCCACAUCUCUUGCCCCACAUCUCUUGCCCCACAUCUCUUGCCUCACAUCUCUUGCCUCACAUCUCUUGCCCCACAUCUCUUGCCCCACAUCUCUUGCCCCACAUCUCUUGCCCCACAUCUCUUGCCUUCUGCCCCCCCCCCCCCCCCCCCCCCCCCAUCUAGGGUUAGACUCUUUCUCCUCAGGGGACCCCAACUCAGACAGCCCAGCUCCACAGCCCUGCAGACAUGGAGGAUGAGAUUUCUCCCAUUAUAUUUUUGUAUGAAGACGGGGCUUCUACAAGUGCCUGUACCUGUAUCAGACACACAGAGAGAGAGAAGACUGUACCUGUAUCAGACACACAGAGAGAGAGAAGACUGUACCUGUAUCAGACACACAGAGAGAGAGAAGACUGAGGAGGAGAGCAUGGGUGUAAGAGUAUGACCCUGAAGAAGGCACAGUGAUGCCGAAGCGUUGGUGAUUUACCCAAUAAAUGACCGGGAGUUUACCCAUAACAGACACACAGGAAAGUUGAGCUGUCGAUUGGGGGCUGUGGAACCUAGUCGUGGUGAACUGGCAGAGACUCCUCCUCGCAACACUGGCCACUCCACUCAGGGAUGCCACAGACACACACACACCAGCUGCUGGGGAAACGGGCAGUGACAGGACUUUGGGACAUGGCUUUGCUCUUGGACUGCUACUGAAGGGUACUGCUAUUCAACACACACUUUAUUUCUCUCUAACACUCCUCUGUCAUCACUUUUGUACUUUCCUCUCUUUCUGUAAUCUUUUCUCUCUCUCUCCUACUUCCUUCCCUUUCUUUUGUGGACCAUGCCUGAAAGAUCCUGAUCUAAAUGAGAGAAGGGAGGAUAAAGAUGACAGAGAGGAACAGCGAGGGGACCAUCGGGAGGGGGAGAGAGCUCUCCUAUGGAAAAGGAGAGUGAGGGGUCCAGUAUCUUUUAACUGUUAGCUUAUCCUAGCUUAUCCUAGCUUAGCCUUGUCUUUCCCAUGGCAGGGCAGAAGCAAGGGCCACCUGCACAGAAUCCUAGUUCACCAGCUCCACCCAAAUCCCUUACUCCUGUUCUAUCAACCAUAGUCUCAUAGUGUUAACUAAACCAGCAGAAUACGCACACAACACCGCAUAUGCAAGCACACCUGUAGACACACACACACACACAUAUAUACAUAUAUAUACACACACACGCACACACACUGCCUCUCUAUGCCUUGUUUUAUAGCAUGUAUAAACUCUUUACAAGAGUCUUAAUAAAAAAUAUAUAUAAAACGAGAAAGUCCAACUGAGAUAUACACACUCGUUUGUAUAAACUAUAUAUUUAUACACUGAA